AAACUUCGUGGCAAAUUUAAUAUACCCUGUUUAGGGUAUACAAAGCAAGGGGAGAAGAAAAGUAGACUCCCUGCAAGUCUCUGCGUGUAAAAGAGACACUUGUAGAAAGUCUGAAAAGAGAGAGUGAGAGACGGCGUUGACAGCAUGUGGUGUCACCACAAUACAUACAUAAAUACACGAACUACUAAUUGACAAUGCGUACAGCAACAACAAGAUAAUAUUAAUAAGAAUAGAACAUUUUUCGGAAUAAAAAGUGAACAGCCAAAUAACGGAAACGGAUAGAAUCGGAAGCGAACGCACAAUUAAAUUUCCACACAUCCGUCACGCCCCAAACGCCCACACUCACAACAAAAUCCGAAGUAAUCAGUGCAGAAUGUAAUGAAAAAGUGUUACAUACAAAUAAAGAAAGCCAAAUUAGGAGUGCUGCAAAAGCUCAUUAAAGCAAUCUUUUGAGUGAAAGAUUUAUGCGAAAUAUUUUCCCCCUUUUUUUUGUGGUGUAUGCAUGUAUUGGGAGUAUAGUGUGCAGUGUUGUUAUGCGUAAGAAGCUUUAAAUUCACCUUUCUCUAAUCAGUCAGCGAGCUUUUGAAAGAAAAUCUAACUUCCAGCGUUUUCUCUUAAAAAUAACGUUAAUCUUGAUUUAUUUGCCUUCGCUUGAAGCAGCAAAAUCAAAUAAUUUUGUACAAAGUAAUCUAAAUUUUAAAUUGUGCGGUUAUUAAGCCCACAGCCGCGUUUAACGAAUAAUUUAUAAAACUUCAAAAACAUGAGCUUACUUAAGCUUAGCCGAGAAGCCUGCAGCUUAAAGAGUUAAAUCAAAUAAUAACAGUAGCUGCUGACUGAUGCUUGCCCCAACAACUUUUUGUGUAGGCAUUUGUCGAGCAUCUGCAGUUGCCGUCGUCCGCCGUAUUCAUAAUGGCCGAUUUGGAGCGCAUAAGACUGGUUAUACUGGGCGGUGCUGGUGUGGGCACAAGUUCCAUCGUCAAACGUUUCCUCUUCAAAAUCUAUGCGGACAAAUAUCGUGCCACGGUUGAGGAUCUCUUUAAUCGGGAAUAUGAUUUGGGCGGCGUCACACUGAAGGUUGACAUUUUAGACACUUCCGGCGAUGUGCAAUUUCCCGCUAUGCGCCGUCUGUCCAUUGCCACCGCCCAUGCUUUCAUACUGGUUUAUGCGUCCACGUCUGCGUCGAGUUUUCAAUGUGUCAAACAGUGUUUUCAGGAGAUACGCGAGCAGCGCACCGACUAUCAGCUGCCAAAAGAUAUACCCAUUGUUAUCGCCGGCAAUAAAUCUGAUUUGGCCAAUACACACAGAGAGGUGCGACUGGAAGAAGUCACGGACUGGGUCUAUUGUGAGUUGCCGCGACUAAGAGCGAAAGUGUUGGAGUGCUCCGCCAAGGAGGAUCAAAACGUGACUGACCUCUUCAAAACGUUGCUGUCACUAUCGCGAUUUCUGCCCGUCGGGAGCAAUAAUGACGGCACAAGUGGACUCAAACGACGCUCUUCGGCAUAUGUUAGCGCAUCGUCAAGUAGAAAGCACCGGAGGAAGUACACACGAAAACGAAGAAUACGCAGUACUUGAAUAAAAUCCUCAGAAAUAAUCGUGGGUUUUUAAAAGAUAGCCGGUGUGCUAGUCGUAGCUACACUCAUCACUGCAAUCCUAAUCAACAUGGUAACGGCCGGCCCAACUAAAAAGUGUCGUCUUCUCACCAGCGUACUGCAUAACAAUUGCGUAGCUACUUAUAUUUGCCAGCAGAUACAUAAACCAGCUUCGCUGCAGAAGAGUUUUCUAGCAAGUUCCAAAGCAGCAGAUGAAGCUCCGAAGUUUCAAAUGGUCAGGAUGACCGGACCUGUACAUGUUAAUGAUAAAGCGUAUUUCGAUUCCGAAGCAGAGCUGAAGAAAUUCGCCUGCGCGUCUAAUACUGUACAAACUGAAAGCGUGGGUUGAAAUAGAAACUAAGGUUAUAAUCAGAAACGUACUACAACUGCUUGCUUUGAAAACCUAGUCCAGCGCAAGUUUGGUAAAUUUAAUCCUACGUAAAUCUAAGUAACACUUGGAACUAAAAAUAUACGUUUGAGUAACAUCCUGUAUUUAAAUUUAUAGUUGGCUUUGAUAAAGGUGUUCAGUAAGUCUGCCGAUUUUAGAAGUUGCUUUCCAAAAAGCUCAAUUGAAAGAUCGCUGAUAACAACCAUAAGUUCUUCCCCGCUGUAAAUCGUGCCCCACUCGGAUCACAAAGUAUUCAAAGCGGAUGAGCCAUUUCCAUUUGGAAUAGGGAAAAAGGCUCUCUACUUGGUGGAUUGGUCAAUAUUGCGCCCAAGAGGUUUCUUAUGUAAAUGUUCCUAAAGACGUAAUUUCGAAAUAAUUAAAUUUGUAAUUUUUUCUACAAUAAAGAGUAAACUAUAAAUAAAUCGUUUAAUUGUGGUGAAAUAAAAUCAUUUACAUAUAUCA